AUGGGAGGAACCGAGGAAUGGUCACUUGUUCAAGGCUUAAUUGAGGAACAACCUGGCACUGUUUCACAGCAUGAUAACAAUACUGUCCAACAACAUACAGCAAUCACGCCAGCAACACAGUGGCUGCCUCCACGCCCAGGAAUAUUGAAGUGCAACGUUGACGCUAGUUUUUACGAGGCAGCAGGUUAUACAGGAUGGGGAUGGUGCUUACGGGACCACCGAGGCCGUUUUAUACUUGCAGGUACUAAUCUCACUCAAGGAAGAUUGAACACUUUUGAAGGAGAAGCCAUGACACUAAAAGAAGCAAUAGAGGAAGCAAUGAGCAAAGGCUUCUCUCAUGUCAUAUUUGAAAGUGACUCAAAAAAUGUUGUUGAUGUCAUUUCAUUUAGACAAGUUGGCUCGUCGGAAUUUAGUAUUAUAAUUUCUCAUAUUAAGUCAUUGUUAUUAUCAGCUCCAAACUUUGAGGUCAAGUUUACCAAGCGACAAACGAAUAACGUUGCUUAUGAGCGGCUUAUUCCAUAG